CGCUUCAAACUGUUCGUGGUUCAGUCUUCACUCUUCACUCGUCUCGUUCAUUCGCGUGAAACUCGCGUCCGUGAAAUUCCGCAACGCGAGUGCGGACGCGUUACAUCAUCAGCGCACCUUACCGCAGGUGACACAGGACACCCGGAAGAACACGCGCAUCGACUAUCACACGAGUCACUUGAGUUUCAAUCGAGCCCAGAAGAACCGAGCAGAUCACAGUCAUGUCAGAGCUGAAGAAGAACAAGUUGUUUAUUGUGCUGAUGGAUGUCGUGUGUGUGCUCGUGGUGGCGAUGCCAUUCAUCAUAAUGACCAUCGUGUUCCGGCCGUACCAGCGUGGCGUUUACUGCAAUGACGAGACCAUCCGUUACCCCUACAGACCAGACACCAUCUCUCACAAAAUGAUGGCGGCCAUUACAAUUUCCUGCUCCAUCAUUAUCAUCACUUCCGGAGAGGCCUACCUGGUCUACACCAAACGUCUCUACUCCAAUUCAGACUUUAACCAGUACGCUGCAGCGCUCUAUAAAGUGGUGGGGACGUUUCUGUUCGGCGCGUGUGUGAGCCAGUCUCUGACCGAUAUGGCCAAGUACACCAUUGGACGCUUGAGGCCCAACUUUAUCGCGGUGUGCGCUCCAGAAGUGUGCGAGGGCUACAUGCUGGAGCUAAACUGCACGGGAAGCCUUCGCAACGUGACCGAAUCCAGGCUGUCGUUCUACUCGGGUCACUCCUCCUUCGGGAUGUACUGCAUGUUGUUUCUGGCGCUGUAUGUCCAGGCACGCAUGGCAUCCAAGUGGGCCCGCCUCCUCCGGCCCACAAUUCAGUUCUUCCUGGUGGCCUUUGCCAUUUAUGUGGGAUACACGCGUGUGUCUGACUACAAGCACCACUGGAGUGAUGUGGUUGUGGGUCUCCUGCAAGGGGCGCUGGUCGCAGUCCUCACGGUGCGAUACAUCUCUGACUUCUUCAAAGAGCGCCCCUCUCGCUGCAUGGUUGUUGAAAAUGCUGAAAACGAAGACGGCGAACGCAAGCCCAGCCUUCAGAUCGCAGACACGGACAGAAACCAUUACUCCUACAGCAGGCCUGUAUGAGCUUGACCUUUGACCUGUGAGAGCACUGGAUGCUGCAGCGCGUCUCGUACAGACAGCCACAUACUGUACACUGGCACUGACUGCACUCUCUUCCACAGGACAACACUCCCAUUUCACACACAGAGAGAGAGAGAGAGAGAGAGAGAGAGAGAGCGGGUGAAUGCAUGAACUAACACUGAAUAUUAGAUUUUAUACUUCUCUACAGUCUGUGUUUAUACCCAGUUUUGUCCUAUGCACGCUCAUAUACGCCAUGUGCACACAUCGCCUGACAUCUAAUGAACCGUGAGGGACUUUAUUGUAUCAGAGCACAAAGACGAACUUCUCCAAGGGGAACUGGACGUUUCCAUGACAACCUCAAAACCACCGGUUGACAUUUACUUAGUCGCCAUACUUCUGCUGUUGGAAGCGAUUCUUUCGGCAUGGGAAAGAAAGUGAACUAUUCAAAGCCAUCAGAAGACAAGAAUUCAUGUUUCCCCGAGUAAGAAAUCCAGGAAGAAAAGUCUGAACAUGGAACAGAUGCCAAAAAAGGUCUUUCUCACAUUGUCAGUUAGGCAUUUUGUACGGUUUUAUACUAUAUAUAUAUAUAUAUAUAUAUAUAUAUAUAUAAUACACAUACGAUUAUAGUGACUAUUAUUUUUAUAUAGAAAAAAAAAUGUCUUUUACUGUGGCUGUAGGAUUAGGGACUUUUUCUAAACUUAACAUUUUGGUGAACUACUUAUUAUAUCUGCACACGUCUGCAUAACAUGAAUGAUUUUUAGAAAAUAAUACUUUUUAUGUUUAAUUUGCUAAAAAAGACUACCAUGACAACUCAUGAUUUCAAUGUAGUUUUGUUGCGUCGCUCGCUCACAUAACUGUUUAAUGAAAACCACUAGCUAACCAAGGCACAUAUAUAUCAGUAUAUUUCAUGGAAAGUAGUCUUACUAACCAUCCUAUCCAACUAUAAGGAUUAGGAAAUAUUAACCAUCUACUACACUGUUUAUCUCUGAAUAUUAUCACCGCGUCCAAACCAAGUGAACGAAUGCUGCUUGUAAUGUUUAAAUCACAGCCAAUCAAAAAGCUGAAUGCUGAUUCCGAACCAAUGAUGAUUCACUAAGGGGCGGAACUACACAUGACAAAAGAACUGACGCUUGUAGAUUAAAAUGUAUUUGCAGAAUGUUGUACUGAAUGUUUCCACAGCAUCAUGAUUGUUUCGUUUUAUGUGCCUAUUUCCAGUGAAAAACGCCUGUCAAGAUCACCAGCUAAUUCAAGAAUCAGAUUAGAUUUAUUUUCUUCACGUCACGCCUUUUGCAUAUGAUGAAAUGUCAUUUUAAACGUAGGUGCAUUUAAACAUUGGUCCAUUAGCUUUCGCUCACCUGUAUCUCUCCAGAGACCAUUUUUUUUUACCCAGGAAAAAGGAGAACGUCACAUAUUCCUCCUCUUCUAAAAUAAAUGAUGCAUUCUGGCAUAUAUUUAAACUUCCCCUCUCACCUAUUAUGUUAUUAGUGUGGGGAAACUUUGGUAAAAAUAAUAACUUUCCCUCGUUAUUUAUGGAGGAAAAACUUUUUUUUUUUUUCGUUCCCUGCUCACCUAUUAUGUUGUUUACGGAGAAAAAUACAGUCCUUUGUUAGUUUGAAGUUGUUGACAAUUGUUCAUGUAAACCCUGCACAACAGAACCUGCUGUCUACUGUGAGUUGCUAAUGCUGCAAUUUUUUUAUGGACACUAUAUUUAGUGAAUAUGAAUGAUGUCUCCCUCUUUUUUUGCUUCUAUGUGGAACAGAGACUCUCUUGUGACUCUGAUUUAGUCACAGAAAACCGGACGGCCUUAAAAUAAAUGAGGACUGAGCUCACAGAGUGACUUACACACUGAAUGUGAAGAAGAUUGUGGCUCAUGUUUACACUUUUACCAUUAUGUGUAAAAUGCAAGUAUUGUGUAGUUGAAUGUUCCAGUGCAAAGAUGAGUAUUUUUGCAGGAUUGUUGCAAGUUUGUGCAUCUAUAUAUAUAUAUAUAUACACGUACAUGCAUACAUACAUGCAUACAUACAACUUCGAGGAUAAUACAUUGUUUUCAAAAAUUGUUUGGUUGUGAAAUAUACAUUAUAAAAAAUGUGCAUUGUUGCAUAAAUUAACAUAUUGCAACGUGUCAAAACCAAAAGAAAAAAAUAUUGUCUGAAUAAAUUGAAGCUACUGAA